AUCGGCAGUUGUUGGAAAGGUCUGAGAAUCACACAAGGGUCCUUGACAGAUGACAAUAACAUUGACAAGAGCGCUUGACAAACAACAAGAUUAUUGUCAUUUGACAAAAACAUCAAAAUGUAUAUUAAUCGGUCUCAAGGUCUCAAGACCAGUGCACUCAAGACACUCUCCAGACUCCUCCAUUCUUCCGAUUUGCUCGCUUUUCCAAAUUUAUCGUUCGCCUGUUCAGCCUUGUUGAUAUUAUGGUAGACGCAAGCCCUAGCAAAGAUGCAUCACCCCAUGGCUACCGCCACGCUUCCUGGCAGUCUAAUAGCGACCGGGAUGAUCCUCAUUUAUGGCCAUAUUCUCAUCCCGAGAACGAAUUUCCCGCUGGAUAUUAUACUGGAACCGAUCUCGGGUUCAACCUUAUCUAUUCCCAGAUUCAAUCCAACGACCCACUCGCACCAAUAAAUCAGACCGGUUAUUAUUGUCCCAUGCCCCCAUGUCCUUCACCACCCGUACCGUCACCGUACGUGGAGGAAGAGAAACACCAGGAAGACUUACACCACAAAAACAGAGGCAACCCCGUUAACUCCGUUUUUCAAUGUAGGUGGCAUGGCUGUACAUACGCAGGGCAUUUUACUCGCACGUACGACCUGUUGCGCCACAUCCGACUCAUCCAUCUGAACCCGCGACAAUACAGCUGUCCAAUCAAUGCGCAUUGCAAACGUUUUAGCCGAAAGGAUAAUCUCGUCUCGCAUAUGCGAAGAAUCCAUGGCCAAAAUCUAUAGAUUGGGCAUGAUCUAUCUAUCAUAGACAGUAUACAUUCGGUGCAUACCAAAUAGUUCAAGUUGUAUAAUUGAUGUUUUAGUAAUAGGACAUAUGUAAUGUUUGUCGGGAAUAUUAAUAACUGUUUGGUCC